UUGACCCCACUAACAAACACCCAUGCCGCCCAAAGCAGCCACGAAGGAGAAACCUCUCAAAGGCGAAGAAGCGGAGCAAAUGGUGCUCGAGUACCUGCGUUCUGUCAACCGCCCGUACGCAAGUACGGAUGUGUCUGCCAAUCUUAAGAACCGUGUAACCAAGACUGAGGCUCAGAAAGCUCUCAAUGCUCUAGCUGAGAAGGGCCACCUCACUCUUAAGCCUUACGGCAAGCAGACCAUCUUCGUGUUCAAUCAGUCUCAGCUCCCAGUCCUCGACCCUCAUGAGUUGCUGAGGCUGGACGAUCAACUGAAGGACGUCAAAGCGACACUUGACGAGCGUCGCAAGAACUUGAAGUCACUUCAGUCAGACCUCGCCUCACUCGAGGCUCUGCCCAAGACGCAGGAUCUUAGCAAGCAGAUAGGCGACGUCACCGUUGAGAAUGAACUCACGCUCAACUCACUGAAAGCUUUCCGCGGGGAAUCGGCUGUUGCCCCCAUGUCGGCCAAAGAUAUGGUUCAAAUUGACGCCGACUGGGAACACUGGCGCAAGGAGUGGACAUCGCGGAAGAAGGUGUACAAGGACAUCUACACAAUGCUGACCGACUGCGGGCUAGCCCCCGCCUCGCAGGUCGAUUUCGAGGAAGAGCAAGGUGUUGAAGGUGAUGACGAGGACACCAAGGUGGUCGAGGCUGGCGAGUUUUGUCAACCCGCCGGGCAUGUCUCGGUGAAGCGGAGGCAACCGUCUUCCGUCGGAAAGCCUGGACAUACUUCCUCGGCCAAGCGCGCCCGUACCUGAGACACGUCCUACGGAAAAUCAUCCUAAGCACCAGACUCGGAUGCAUAUCGGGUGG